UAAGUGGCCGGGCUGUAGCUACGUUGACACGGCCGUCGUAGGGCAGGCGAAGUGAUUGCGUGCCUGGGGCGCAGGUUCGAGGUGGUGAGCAUGAGCGCCAACAAGGAGAAGGGGCUGCGGGAGCUGCUGGCGGCCAUGAAGAAGGAGUGGGAGGACGUGUGCUUCGAGACCAUGACGUUCAAGGACCUGGACUGCCCCAUCCUGGCGAAGGUGUCGGACGUGCAGGCGGUGCUGGACGACCAUCUCAUGAAGACGCUUUCCAUGAAAGGCUCCGUCUUCGUCAAGCCCAUCGAA